AUGCAUACCACUUUCUGUUUCUUUCUCGCUACCCUACUAGCAAGCCUCGCCAAAGCAGGCAGUUCUCUCUGGGAGAUCCCUGCAGCAAGUCACAACGGCUUUGAGGAUUGUUUAGUGAAAAGGGCUAUAUCUAUCAACCCUCAGCACAACUACCGUGACAACUCGCGUACCCGUCUUUGGCCAAACAAGAAAAUAACAUACGCUUUCGCCAACGAUGAAGCAAAGGAGAAGCUUGAAGCACAAUUUCGCAGGGCCAUUGAUAUCUGGCAAAUCCUCGGCGCAAACGGCUUCAAAUAUGAGGGUAUCAAACCAAGAAAGUGUAGAUCCCGCAGAAGUGAAUGCCUGCUUAUACACUACAACGACCAAGGCACAUUCAGAUCUAGCAUCGGGUUACCAGCGGUCAACGGGCGUGAAGGCGUAGAGGGCCCUACCAUGCAUCUGAGUGACGUGAUUGGGGUGGGAAACCUCGACACUGCCGUCAACACUGCUCACGAGAUUGGUCAUGUUUGGGGCCUUGGACACGAGCACCAGAUCAAAGAAUGGUGGGGCCAGAGUGGCUCUGAUGAGACAUGGAUCGAGUAUCUUAUGGGCACCAACUUCAUGACAGAGGAUUAUCAUUGCGAGAACCUAGACGACUAUGAGGCCGCAAAGGCCAAGCUUGAGAAAGCAAACGCUUCCAAAGAGGACAAGGACAAGGACACUCUCGACAGUCUUUGCAGAAUAGCCUCAGUAGCAAAGGACUAUGGCUUCAGCGCAAUGGACUGGGUCCCUCUACCAUAUCUUGGUUUCACCCACGACGAUGAGAUUGACAAAGACUCGCUGAUGAUGUAUCCAAGCGGUGCCGGGGGCAAAGGAAGAGUCAAUAUCAAUGCAGAGGACGAGAAGGAUCGCGACCAGCGUUUGCCUGUUCUCACUUAUCCCGGUGGAGAAAGAAUUCCUCUUAGAAAAAGCCCGUCAACUGGCGACAUCCAAAGACUGUUGAAAAUUUAUGGAACUGAUUUUGUCGGAGAGAGCAAGUUGCUCAAUGAUAAGGACAGCACAGCUCGGGGACUUUUCAACAAGAUUCGUGGAAAGUCUUCCAAAAGAGCUGGAGAUACUUCAGCAGGAAUUUGUUAG